CAACGCCAAUCGCCGGUUGUGGCUCGUGAACAAAGUAAAAGAAAAGCCAGCCAUCGGGUGCGCACGACGAUAGUAUCGUAAUAGCUAACGGUGGUACUUUUCGGCGUUUUAUGCCACCUAGCCGCGGAUAUAUAUUCGUUCUUCCUAAAUAUCAUUUGUCUGAUUAAUUAAACGCGUUUCACGCGACAAGAUAACUGUGGUUAAACCCGAACGUAAAAGGGAGUCGUCGAUGCUACCAUUGAAACACAACGAAUUCGAUUCUAUGCAGGGUGUUUUCUACGUUUUAAAGACGCUAAAAUUACACGAGUGAUCACUGUACCAUAGUACCAUGUGCGAUGUGUCUGUUGAUUCAAUGGUACACUAAAAUGUGACUUCGUGAUUCGGUCAGCUGAUCGGCAACGUAUCGAGCGAAUUAGAGGGUACUAACCUCGCAACCCCUUCCGCUAGGCAAACGAGCAGUUUCGAGGUAUCAAAUGGAGACUCCAAGGGAUACGUUCACCCCUUCAUCGAACAAAACUAACUUUAACAAGAAACGUGGGUCGUGCGCUUAAUACUUUAAUGUUUACAGCCUGAAAUGAACCGGGAUAAGUUUCAGAUCGACGACUAGAAUGGCUCUGGUAAUGUUACCCUGCGAUCUACCGUGGUGGCCAGCCGUGGUAAAGCAACUGGAUCGAGCAGCAGCUGCAAGAAAUUCCGAUGACCUUUUGGAAGCGAUGCAAAGAUUGCACGACAUGUGCAAAUACGAGGAACAGUGCAUUCUGAAAAGCAUAAGUCUCGAUCCCGAAGAGGAUACGCAAGAUCCUGAAUUGUUUUCCGGAUUAGCAUUAUUUCUCGAUAACGACCUCGAUUCUACGGAACGAGAACAGGUGUUCGCGAAGACAAUACCGCGAAUAGUGGAAAGAGCGAAAGGUUUAAGGUCUUGUAAACCACCGCAGGGCUUGCACUUCAGCCUUCAACAGCAAGGUGACUGCGUGGAAUAUAGCUACGCCUUUGUUUCAUCUCUAAUAGCAAAUGCAUUCUUCUCUACGUAUCCAAAGAGAACUGCAAAGACCCAUCCGACCUUGAGAGAUUUUAAUUUCACAAAUUUUUUUAAAUAUCUUCAUAAUAACGGACAGAAAGCAAAACUGAGAAGCAUAUUUCAUUACUACGACUACCUCGAAGCCGAAAACGCGCUUGAUGGAAAGCUAGUCAUUUCUAGACAGGUAAUGACAUCGAAGCAAUGGUUAACUAUCGAGGAUUGGUUGGAGAGCAACGUUCCUCUAUGCCCGUUGAUGAUACGACACGAGGGUCGUUUGGAGAGGGUGGAACCAGAGACUAAAGUAUUACGUGUUUGCUUCGCGAGCGCGAAGUUUGGCGGCGGCGUACUUGACGGUGAUGUUACGCAAGAAACUGUACAUAUAGUGACGCAUCCCGAAAUGCUCGCGGCAAUAUUAUCAGUCGAGGCUUUAGAAGACAACGAAGUAUUAAUAGUUGAGGGCGUUAGACACAUAUCUAGAAUAAAUGAUCCUCGUAACAGAGCCAUAUUUGAAGCUUUGCCGAAACCAAAUGUCGUAACAGUAUGCUGUAUCGAUCCUGAAGAUUACUCGCGAUUACCUUCGUCGCAGUUUGAAGAAGAUAAUAUACUCCGUGAAAUGAAUAAAUCUUUGCUCGGAUUCCGGCAAAGACACGUACCAAGCAGUCCAACCGAUCCGGUCAAAUCCGAAUUGGAUCCAGAUGGAUUAGUAGGUUCCCGAAGAUUAUCGCCAAUCGGUGAAAGUUUUAGCAGCACCCCUCCGGAAACAGAAGGCGACGAUAGAGUAUUGUCAACGAAUAAUGCGAAAUCCGCGUUACGCGAAUCCAGUAAACACGAUAUUCUAACGGAAGUUCGUAGUAGACCAAAUGGUAAAUCUAUAAGACCACCGAGCCCGCAUAGGAUAUGCAGCGAUACCAGUACCAGUACAAACAAAAGGAAUCGAUUUAUCGUACUUGGAUCUAGCGGAGAAAUUCUACCGGUUACACGAAAAUCCCUUGGUCAAAUGUCAGUUUACAGUAGUUGUAAUAGUCAAAGCACGGAUAGCUUUCAUAGCGCAAAAGAUACUAUAGACGAAGAUCCUGAAGAAGAAGAACAAAAAUUAAGUAAACGUUACAGUACUCAGUUGGACACACCAGAAAGAAGAGGAACUUUUGCUCAACGUCUAAGGGACGCGUUAAAACGAGAAAGUACAGCCACGGGAGCAACCUCGUCUAACACCUCGUCUGGAGAAAGUAGUUAUGCAGUUGGAAUAAGCGUGUCCGGAAGUCAUGUUUGUGAUCAAGACAUUAAGGUAAAAAGAGGAGGUUCGAGAGGUUUCGUACUCCGUGAUGAAACAGUGGACGAAGAUUUUCUGAAAGAAUCGUUGGAAGCCGAGCAAAAAUGGCUAGGUAGAUUUCGGCAGAAUCAACCAAUGCUCCAAAGAAGAGACACAAGCGCUAGUAGUAAAUACAGUUUCAGCACUGAAUAUAAUUCUGAUUUUUGUUCCGAGCUCGAAGAAGUUUACGAACAGCUAGCAAAAUGGUUAGAAGAUCCGAUAGCAGCGGAUGAAUCCCGAGAGUUAGAUGCAAGGGACAAAGCGGUAGUUCGAUUCGCUGGUUCGUUGUUAAAGAGAGCUCUCAGCGAAUCGUUCGCUGGUGUUCCGGUACAAGAGGGUGAACCACAACCCUUUAUCGACUCUGCGGACGUAAAUCAAAGCCAUAAAUUAGCUUUGGCAGUGAGAAGUUUGAGUUUAGAGCUAGCCCGUCAAAAAAAUAGGAGACAACAAUCAGUCUCUGAGUCUGAAGAUGUAGAGUAUUAUGAAGAUGCUUUAAGUAAUCAUACAAUAUCAAAAGAGGUAAAGGAUAUUCAACGUAGAAAACUUAGGACGGUAACGUUUACAUCCGAAGUUUUUCAAACAUUGGUCGAUGACGAAACUACCGUGUAUCUAUCUAAUCCUGUUUCUUUAAGCACACCUGGAACUGUAAAAGGAACAACAGAAUCUUUUGUUGCCAACGUGAAUAAUGAAAAACUUGCGCAACAAUUCGAAUCGCAUGUAAUAUUUAACAUACCAAGGGACAAUAGCCCUCAGUCAGGUGGAUUAUUAUCUAUUGCUAGUGGUAACUGGGGAUGUGGUUCUCGUUUAAAAGGUGAUCCACAGUUGAAAUUAGUUAUUCAAUGGCUUGCCGCUUCGUUGGCAGGAGUACCGAAAUUAAUAUAUUACACCACAGGAAAUCCCAGUUUAUCGAAGUUAGAUACUGUGAGUAGAGUACUUAUGGAUAGGCAUUGGUCGGUUGGUGAUUUAGCCGCCGCCACGUUAAGAUUUUCCUUGUACGCAAUCGAAGAACAAGCGGGAGGAAAAAAUACUCUGUUCGAGGAAAUAAUUGGUAUGGAAAAAUCAAGUCCUUAGCCCGACUCAAUGCUGUCUGUUCUAGUAGAUCUUCUUGCUACCAUGAUCGAAGACAGCUUAUUGAGUAAUUGAAUGGAAUAUCCAAAAGAUACAAGAAUUGAUUAUAUAUAUUACAGUUUGUGAAAGUGAAACGUGCUCCAAGAUAUUCCCCAGUGAAAAAAUUCACAACGGGUAAAGCUUUUAAUUUUUUUUAAAUUUAUCUAAAUCAAUAUAGAAACAUCGAUCUCCGUGGUUUAAAUGUUUCAUAUCAAUACAAUAUCAAACAAAGCCGCACAACUCAGUGUACAAAAGAAUCCACUAAACUAUAAGUUAAAGUUUUAAUACGUUUUAGAGAAUAUUAUAUUAUAUAAGUAAAAUCAAACAAAAUCGUUAUUACAGUUUAAACAAAGUACUUGAAGUAACUGUAUUACGAUCUCUUGGUCAUAUUGUAAAUUGAAAUUUUCACUAUAAUGGAAUUUAUACAAGUUUAAUAGAUCUAGCCACGCAAGAAGUCAAUUCUAAUUUAUGUUUAUAUAAAAUAUAUAAAUUGAUAUAGUUACCUGCAAUAAUUAACGAGGCACAAUAUAUAUUAUACUAUAUUUUGUACAGUAUAAUAUUUAUAAGUCGUUACAUAUGUCGAAUCGAAUUAUAUGUAAUAAUGGAAUAGAUUUUUAGAAACAGAUUUUUAGUCGUAUUUUAUAGGCCGCUUUUUUAUAUCAAAUAUAAUUUAUACAAAACAAAUCACAUAAAUGAUAAAAAUGAAUUACAUAAAAAGAAAGUAAUGUGGCCUCUAAAAGUAUACAAAUUUGAAACAAAAAUAUAUUGACUACGAAAUGUCUUCCACUGAAAUGAAAAAAGAAAAAAAAGAAAAAAAA